GGCCCUAUAAAUAGGCUCCUGCGGACACCAUUUCAUUUCAGGCACCUUCUAUAUCCAGAAUACAAAGAUGGAAAGAGUGGAGGAAGAUGACCCUAAACAAAACAAUGUUAAAACUAGGCCCAAGGGAGGAUUGGUCACCAUGCCUUUCAUUUUCUCAAAUGAGAUCUGUGAGAAGCUGGCGGUGGUGGGAUUUAAUACUAAUAUGAUAAGCUACUUAACAACACAGCUUCAUAUGCCAUUAACCAAAGCAGCCAACACUCUCACAAAUUUUGGUGGAACAGCUAGCUUGACACCAUUGCUUGGUGCCUUUAUCUCUGAUUCAUACGCCGGUCGUUUCUGGACAAUAACAGUCGCUUCCAUCAUAUACCAAAUAGGGAUGACAUGUUUAACACUAUCAGCAAUACUUCCACAACUUAGGCCACCACCGUGUAAAGGUGAGCAAGUCUGCCAACAAGCAACGGCAGGGCAGUUGGCAAUCCUAUACGGAUCUCUCUUACUUGGGGCUUUGGGAUCAGGAGGAAUCCGGCCUUGUGUGGUUGCUUUCGGGGCAGACCAGUUCGACGAAAGCAACCCAAAGGAAGCAACGAAGACAUGGAAAUACUUCAAUUGGUACUACUUUGUGAUGGGGGUAUCAAUACUUGUGGCUGUCACAGUGCUUGUUUACAUUCAAGAUAACAUUGGGUGGGGAUGGGGCCUUGGAGUCCCCACCAUCGCCAUGUUCUUGUCCAUUAUCACGUUCAUCAUCGGCUAUCCACUUUAUCGACACAUGGAUCCGUCAGGGAGUCCGUUUACCCGUUUGGUACAGGUCAGUGUGUCAGCUUUCAAGAAGAGGAAGUUGGCCAUGGUUUCUGACCCCAACUUGUUGUAUCGGAAUGAUGAGCUUGACGCCUCCAUUUCUGUAGAUGGAAAACUUGUUCACACCCCAGACAUGACAUUCCUUGACAAGGCAGCCAUUGUGACUGAAGAAGAUAUUGUAAAACCAGGGCAAGCUCCUAAUCUAUGGAGACUGAACACCAUCCAUCGAGUGGAGGAACUAAAAGCAGUGAUCCGAAUGGGACCAAUAUGGGCAGCAGGAAUCCUCCUCAUCACAGCCUAUGCUCAGCAAAACACAUUCUCCCUCCAACAGGCCAAAACCAUGAACAGGCACCUCACCAAGUCAUUUGAGAUCCCUGCUGGUUCCAUGACUGUCUUCACCAUGGUCUCCAUGCUCUCCACGAUAGCCUUGUAUGACCGUGUUUUGGUCCGCAUUGCCCGUAGAUACACAGGGCUCGAGCGAGGCAUCAGCUUCCUGCACCGGAUGGGAAUAGGAUUCAUGAUAUCAGUAUUAGCCACUCUGGUAGCAGGCUUCGUGGAGGUGAAGCGUAAAGAAGCGGCUAUAGCACAUGGGCUUCAAGACAAGGCUCAUUCAAUCAUCCCCAUCUCAGUGUUCUGGCUUGUGCCUCAGUACAGUCUUCAUGGAAUAGCAGAGGCAUUCAUGUCGAUUGGACACUUGGAAUUCUUUUAUGAUCAGGCACCUGAAAGCAUGAGGAGCACAGCUACCGCACUGUUUUGGACUGCAAUCUCAGUCGGAAAUUACAUGAGCACACUGCUGGUUUCUUUAGUACACAAAUUCAGCGCAAGAGCUGAUGGAUCAAAUUGGCUUCCAGAUAACAACUUGAACGAGGGCAAAUUGGAGUACUUUUACUGGUUGAUCACUGCCUUGCAAGUGGUUAAUCUUAUUUACUACAUCUGUUGUGCUAAGCUGUAUACGUAUAAGCCGAUUCAAAUCCAUGGCAAAGACAGUGAAUCUGAAGGAGAUGCAGGAGUAGAGCUUGCAAGCAAGGUUUAGUUUUUGCAUUUGAGGAAAUUUUCUAAAACUGUCUAGCCAUAGAUCUUGUAGAGAGAGUCUAAUAGAUUACAAUCUGAAUCGUAGGAUAGGCAUGUAAAGUCCUAAAUAACAUUAGAAAGAAAAAUCCACCACCAAGUAUUGUAUUUUGUAAUAGAUGAAAAAUAAAAAUUCUGAAGCUGGUUUCUA